UGGGUUUCCGCUGCAGACCGGAAGGCGGUCACGCUGUGUUGUUUAGCUUAAGUUGGCGGCUGUAACGUUAAAGCGGGAUUUAAAGAGUUUUAAAGCAUUGAAACAGCUUUAAUAUAGAUAUUUAACCCUUUAACAUGUCGGAUACGUGGAGCAGCAUCCAGGCUCACAAGAAGCAGCUGGAUUCUCUGCGGGAGAGGCUUCAGAGGAGGAGGAAAGACCCCACACAGCUCGCUAUCGAUGCUGGAGGAUCUGAUGGAGCAGCACCAAGGAGUGAAAGUCCUGCACCAGCUGUUCAAACUCCUUCGCAAGUAGAGGUGGAGCGUCCACCUGAUCCUGAAUUAGAGAAAAAACUUUUAGCAUACCUGUCCGAACUGGGCCUGUCGCUGCCCACCGAUUCUCUCACCAUUACUGACCAGCUCAACUCUUCUGAAGCACCAGUAACUCACACAUGCAUCCAGAGUCUUCUACUGAAAUUUUCUGCUCAAGAGUUGAUUGAAGUCAAGCAGCCAACCAUCACUACUUCAUCCUCUGGUCCCUCGUCCACCUUAGUCAUCUCUGUAGAUCACACCAAACUAUGGGCCAUGAUUGGCAGUUCCACCUCCCAACCUCAGAGAACUGGUGUCAAAAGAAAAGGCGAUGAUGCCAUUCAUCAAAAAAGGGUCCCUGGCUCCUCACCUUCAAUUCAGGCUCCACCUUCACCGCCCAAGACAUCAUCUAUAUCUUUGGCUGCUCCCUCCAGUUCACAGACUGGGACUUCUGAUUGGAAGUUAGGAGGUGCUGGAGGAGGGGCUGAGAAAAAAGGUCGAACCAAUAAGGGGAAGGCAUCUCAUAUGGAUAUGGAGAUCGAGAGCCUGUUGAGCCAGCAGUCAACCAAAGAACAGCAAAGCAAAAAGGUGAGCAGGGAGAUCCUUGAGCUGUUGAACACCAGCUCAGCGAGGGAGCAGUCCAUCGUGGAGAAGUUCCGUUCACGAGGUCGAGCACAGGUGCAGGAGUUCUGUGAUCAUGGGACUAAAGAGGAGUGUAUGCGUUAUGGAGAUACUCCGCAGCCAUGUAACAAGCUGCAUUUCAGGCGAAUCAUCAACAAGCACACAGACGAGAGCUUGGGUGACUGCUCCUUUUUGAACACCUGCUUCCAUAUGGACACCUGUAAAUAUGUGCACUAUGAGAUUGACGCCCCCCCUGAGAUUGAAAGUGGGACCCUGGGGCCUCAGGCAGGGGCCACUGAACUGGGUCUGCAUUCUGGAGAUGGAGACAGCAACGUGGGGAAACUGUUUCCAUCCCAGUGGAUCUGCUGUGAUAUCCGCUACCUGGACGUGUCCAUUCUUGGAAAGUUUGCUGUGGUCAUGGCUGACCCACCGUGGGACAUCCACAUGGAGCUUCCUUAUGGAACACUGACAGAUGAUGAGAUGAGAAAACUCAACAUUCCCAUUCUGCAGGACGAUGGCUUUCUCUUCCUCUGGGUCACCGGAAGGGCUAUGGAGCUUGGCAGAGAGUGUCUAAGCCUUUGGGGAUAUGACCGUGUUGACGAGAUCAUUUGGGUGAAGACCAACCAGCUGCAGCGGAUCAUUCGCACAGGCAGGACUGGACACUGGCUAAACCACGGCAAAGAGCACUGUUUGGUUGGUGUGAAGGGAAACCCUCAGGGUUUCAACAGAGGUCUGGACUGUGAUGUGAUCGUUGCAGAGGUGCGCUCCACCAGUCACAAACCAGAUGAGAUAUAUGGUAUGAUUGAGCGUCUGUCUCCUGGGACCAGGAAAAUCGAACUCUUUGGAAGACCACAUAACGUCCAGCCAAACUGGGUAACUCUGGGUAACCAGCUGGAUGGAAUUCACUUACUGGACCCUGAUGUAGUAGCACGUUUCAAGAAGCGCUAUCCAGAUGGAGUGAUCUCCAAACCCAAAAACAUGUGAUCAGCACUGUCAAGCUCAGUCUGACACACAUGUGAAGUACUUACUGUGACAUACAGGUUAUAGGAACUUUAAAAGACUGAAUUUUCUGGUCUGUAAAUGUUUUUUUUUGUAUUAUCAUAAUGUUUUUAAUAAAAAAGCAGAAUGACUAAA